CUUCCGUAUCAUGUCUCAUUAUCCUAAACACAAAUGUAUCACCUGCCAAAAAGUUAAAAAAGGCGGUCAACAAUAUUCUUCCCCCUCCGUCCAACAGCUCCAUCCUCACCGCUCACUCGCCUCUCCUUCACUCGUCUCCACCGCCUUCGCUAAGAUCGCCACCGUCACCCUCUCCCUAAGCCUAAGCUGAAGAAGCAGCACGCCUCCGCCAACUCCGCCUGAGCAAAAAUCGAUGGUGAAGAGGAAAUCCGGUGAGAUUAACAACGGUGAGCGGUUAGCGGCUCUGGCCAGACCAAAAAUCGGUACCCUUUUUGUUUUUGUGCUUUCCCUUUUCUCCCAUUUCCCAUUCCACUGCCAAUUUCUCCGUUUUAGAAGCAAUAAGUCUCCGGCGCAUAUGUAGGUCACAUUCUCUAGUCUACAGAUUCCAUGUGUGGAGGAGUAAUUUACUUGGUUAAAGAUAUGCCUUGAAAACUCAUUGUGUAUGCGAAGAUGUUUUUCUCUGAAAUGUUUUCCGGACUUCCUUCGUACGUAAGGGCGUAAGGCUCAGAAAACGUUUUUGAGAAAGUAUUUUCCUGGAGGACAUGGACCUUGAUUCUUUAGGCUAUGUUUCAAUCCUGGAAAAUGCUAGGAAAGUAAAGAAACGGGUAUGAAAAACUACCAUAUGCAGAGGAAAAUGAUAUAUGGGAAGUGCUUUUUGCUUUUGUAACAUAUGGUGGAUUGUUUAAUAUGUUUAUACUGUGGUGUGUAUAUGUGUGUAUAUGCUGGACUAAGGAAUUUGUCUGUGUUUCAGAGAGUGACCCAACCAAUGACUAUCUAAUGUCAAAGUUUAGAUGGAGGAUUGAUAACUUCUCGCGUUUGGAUGUUGAGAAGCCUUACUCUUCAGUGUAUGACGUAAAUGAGUACAAGUGGAGGUUGCUGCUUUAUCCAAGGGGAAACGACACAGCUCAUUUGUCUCUGUACCUAGGUGUGCCUGACCUGCAUAGCUUACCCGAUGGCUGGCGUAUACCUACAAAGUUCAGUCUAGCUCUUCUUAACCAGCUAGACCCAAAGAAAACCAUCAAGAAAGGUAUAUCAUUAUGUAGAAUGAGUAGUUGUGACAAAUGAUUGUUGUAAUUCUGUUUCUAUCCUCUAGUUGUUGUUUUCUCUGCAUCGUUGUGCAGAAACUAAACAUGCUUUCACUGCUCACGAGAGUGACUGGGGCUUCACUUCAUUCAUCCCACUUCGUGAGUUUCAUGACAAAGCUGAAGGUUAUCUUGUUAAUGAUUCAUGCCUGAUCGAAGCUGAAGUAUAUGUCCCUGAUGCUUCUUCAUGUGUGACAAACAUUGCUACUUCUCCUGUUUCCCCUUAUCAAGUAAACUUCACUUAAACCCUACAUGCUAUGUGGCCAAGUAUCUUUUUGAAGUAGUGGGCAAGAUUAUGACUUUUACUAUGGUGGUAUUUUUGUCCCCGAGUGACUAGAGUGAGUGACCACAGUCAUUUAUUUAUGCAUUAGUGACCAAGCUGGUAUUUGACUAUUUUGGAUUAACAGCAGUGACCAUGUGAUUGUACUUUUGUCUAUGAGUUGUAUAUUAAUUGUAUACGGAGUAUUUUUCUAAAUGUAACCCACUCUUCUUUAUUUCUUUUUGGGAUUGAUCAGGCUAUUGAUUCUUCUUCUGCUGUUGCUCUUGAUCCUGUGGAAUCUGUGUACUCCCGGGUUCAAUCUGUUCUCAAGUCACUACCCAAGUCACCGUCCAACUUAGCAUCCGGUGCUAUUCCAUGUGAAGUUCCUUUGCUUAAAGACCGUGCAACUUCUGCCAAAGAAAUCUUCGACAAGCUGAUAGCAUACCCUUUGGAGGACUUGGCUGAUCCUCAGCAUGAACCUGCAAUGUUGGAGUCGCUCUCCAUACUCGCUAACAAUCUUUCUUUGUUCAGCAAUGAGCAGGCGGAAGAGAUUUUGAGCUUGAAUGUUUCUUUUCCUCAGAUGAUGCGGGAAUGGAGGGACUUGAGUAAAGUCAAGUGGGGCAGUGAGCAUCUUUGGGCUACUUUUGAGCAGACGAAGCGUUUGCUAGAGGAUUUAGUGAAAACGGAUGAAGGGAUAAAGAGAAAACUUGUGGGGCUAGUUAGGAGAGAAAAGGAAUUAAAAACUGAGCUGGAAGAAAUUGAAAGCGAUAUGCGGCAACUGAAGGUGGAAAGAGGAGAAGUGUCGAAACAGACUAAGAAAGUGUGUGCUCUUGCUGAGGAGCAGGCUUGCAUUAUUGAAGCAAGAGAGGCUGAGGUGGAUGGUGCUAACAAAAAGCUGGAGGGUUUGAAAUCCAAAUGGGAUGCAAUGAGACUUCGUCUACUUGCUUGAAAAGAAAAGAAAAACAGGCAGUGUCUAGCUAUUAAGAUUUACUUAGUGAAUUUGGGAAGAGUGAUACAAAAUGGUCAGAGUAUAUGGUUUCAAAACUCAAUUAGUCAAUUGUAGGUAUUGCUUAUUAACCUUAUUAAGAUGAUUAA